AUGCCUACUGAACCAGCGCCCAUCGUGGUGGAACCGAGCGGGCAAUUUCUUGGGAAUGAUGGUCCAUGGGCAGCCUUCGCCGUUGAUGUCGGCACGCCACCGCAAACACUCCAAUUCGUCCCUUCUACCCAACAGCCCUCGUCGUGGGCAAUUUCGACAAACGGCUGCACCGACGAUGACGUUGCAAACUGUACUGAGGCGAGAGGAGGUCUUUACGAUAGCGAGAAAUCAUCGAGUUGGUUCAGGAAAGAUUUGUACCAGUUGAAUGAGGCCGCCAAUCUCGGCUACGGUGGGAAUGAAAACAAUGGCACAUAUGGUUUUGACACAGUGGUACUCAAGGGAGCAGCAGGUGACAACGUGACAAUGGAUCAUCAAGUCAUCGCUGCUACCGGUACUCACGACUUCUACCUCGGAGUCCUCGGACUCAAUCCUCAGACCGUCAACUUCACGAACUCAGAUGAUUCGUCUUCAUCACUGCUGAGUUCCUUGAAGGAGAAGGACAUGAUCCCGAGCCUGUCGUGGGGCUAUACUGCCGGUGCACCAUACCAAAAAGAGGCCGGAAAGGCUAGCUUGACCCUUGGAGGCCAUGAUACUUCAAGGUACAAACCAAACGAUGUGUCAUUCACCUUCGCUUCAACGGCUAGCCGUCAGCUAGUUGUUGGCUUGCAAGCAAUAUCAUACUCAGAUGGGACAAGCGAAACAUCGUUGCUUAAGGAAGGUGUCCUUGCUCUGAUAGAUUCGACGGUUCCCUAUCUCUGGCUACCAAAAUCUUCCUGUGACGCUUUUGAGAAAGCUUUUGGCAUAUCAUGGGACCCAAUCCGUAACCUUUACUUGGUGAAUGACACCCUACAUGACAAUUUAGUGAAGGCCAACCCAUCCGUCACAUUCUCUCUGGCGAACUCGGCUACCGGUGGUGGGUCAGCCGCUAAUGUGACGCUGCCUUAUGCAGCUUUCGACCUGACUGCUCAACCUCCUUUGGUAAAGAAUAAUUCGCGAUAUUUUCCAUUACAAAGGGCGCCGGACGACAGCUCAUUUACCCUUGGCCGUACAUUCUUCCAGGAGGCGUAUAUGGUGACGAAUUACGAGCAGUCAACUUUCACCGUCUCGCAAGCGGUAUUUGAUUCAAAUGCUCCGAGUCAUAUCGUCUCGAUCAACGCAAAUAAUACGGGAGGAAACCCGGCCGCGCCAACGGGAGUUACUAAGACUAAGAGCGGCGGCUCAAAUAAGAUUGGGACAGGCGCUAUUGCAGGUCUCGCCAUCGCCAUAGCUAUUGUCGGUAUCAUCAUAGUUGUAGUAGCCUGGCUCUGCUUGCGCAGACGGAGCCGUCGCAGAAGGGAGGCUGCCCACGAACACGUGGAAGUCCCUCAAGAAGAUAUCAAAGAGACCUCCGAUUCCACGGCACGUACUUCGUAUGAGGAUAGCCCUGAGCAUAAGAAGCCUCCGUACAGCAUAGGCGUCAAUGAAGGGCCAAUGACACCACCCAACAACAUGCAAGAGAUGGGCGAAGAGGCAGGUCCAUCUCGAAGACACGAGCUUCCUGGCCAUCCGUUUCCAAGAUCAGAGCUAUCAACUCCUGAGCCACGGUCAGAGCUGCCAUCUCCCGGUCUCUCCAAUUUUCGAUCAGAGCUAUCCUCCCCAGAGCAUUUCCACAAGCCAGAGCUUCCAACUCCAGAUCCAAGUGCAGAGCUACCUUCUCCAAGUCUUCGUGGUAUCGCCAACCCAUCACCUGAGCCCGCUAAAGAAAGGCCUCAGUCCUACCGCAUGGAUUCUUCUGAAUCCGAGUCCGGCUUCUCCCGCGAUGGAUUAGGAAUCGGGAACUUUCACAAACGCUACAAUUCUGAUGACUCACGACCCCAGUCUUAUCGCAAAGGAAGUGACGACUCGAUUGAAAGUCCCGUCUUACCGCAUAUGUCUCCGACCGAUACGAAUAUGGCGAGCCCAACUUUUACGGACAGCCCGGUUUCCACGUUGCCUGCACGGAGUUGGUCAGGCGGCAAUCGCCCGUUAGUGAAAAGGCAGGAUAGUGACACCUGGCAGACGCGAUUUCAAGAAGCAACAAGCGACGAGUCAGCGCCUCUCAGUCGUUUUAAUACUGUAAGGGAAGCAAAAGAUUUCGCACAAGCGGUCCCAAUGAGUCUGCCAUCAGACAGCCCAAAAGAGGUAGAAAAGGCCUCCGAGACUGGCGAGAUUCCAAUUGUCACUCAAAUUGACCCGGCAAACGACGUUGCAGAUGCCGAGAAGGCGUCUGGCAUUGAAGCUAAGCCGGAUGCUACCGAAGGCCCAGUCCUGAGGAAGCCUGUUCCUAUCAAAGCCUCGCCAGAUGGCCAGAAGAGACCUGAAGAAGAGGAGAAGAAAAUGGAGUGA